AUGUACCCGUUCAGAGCAUCGAAGUUUCAAGUAAGAGCACUGAAGAGAGACUGGACACGUGCGACCGGGCUUCAAGCUUCCUGAUCAUUUUCGUGUGUUGAACUAGAGAAUGGCUAUUAGUACUAUCAGGACAGACGUGUCCAUAGUUGGGAGCCAAUGCGGGAAAACGAGUCUCCAAUCUGCAUUCGUCAAAGGCAGAUUCGACCCUCGAGAUUUUAACAUCUCGAGAGCUGAAAUUGAGGGAACGUCUUGCAUAGAAGUAAAUGGCCAAAAGAUUGAGCUGGGAAUAUGGGAUACACCAAGUCAAGAAUUGUAUGGAAGACUGAGAACUGACUUCGCAUACCCCAAGACGGAUGUUGUAGUUCUUUGCUUCUCGUUUGAUAAACCCAACAGUUUUGAAGACAUCUCGAAGAAAUGGAUACCAGAGGUGAAGAAGUACCUCCCAAAGGCACCUAUCAUUUUGGUGGGGAACAAGAAAGAUCUUCAAAGUGACAAGGAUACAAUACAAGAAUUGUUAAAGGAGAAUCAGGAACCGGUUAAAACAGAGGAUGCCCAGGCCCUAGCAGAAAAGAUCGGCGCCAUUUCAUAUCUAGAAUGCUCGGCCAAGGAGAACAAAGGCAUCAGAGAAGUAUUUGAGGCUUUAGCAUUGGCAGGAAUAAAACAGGAUGAAAAGAAAAAGUCAUCGAAAUGCACCAUCUUUUGAAAAAAAUAAACCUAAGGUAUCAGAUUUCUGGCUUAUCUGGGGGGUUGAAAAUCGCUGAUCGGACCAAUUGGAAUAAAAGUUCACCAGGAAAACCGUUUUUCAUAACGAGUAAACUAUUUUGAUAUAAUAUUAUGUAAAGUCUUUACUUUUCUAUUCUCAUAUAUGUUUGUCAUAAGCAGAGGCGGCACUCCGGGGGAAGGGGGGGGGGGGGCGGAGGGGCAUAUGGGUACAGUGCUCCAGUUUUUUUAAGUGCCCCUUUUAACAUAGGAAAUGUGCCCUUUUUUACUUUGACAAGUGCCCCUUUUCCUUUAAAUAAGUGCCCCAUUUAUUUUGACAUUGCCCAUUUCCCUUGUGAUAAGUGCCCCCCAUUUUUGUUUAUAACGAGCCCUUCCCCUCUUCAUAAACGCCCCCUGUUCACCUCUGAUAAAUUAAUGAUUAGUACCCCCCCCCCCACAUUUUUUUUUGA